CCGGCUCCUCCCUGCAUCCUGCCUCCUUCUGCUACAGAUAAGGUCUGCAUCUGCAUUAAAAAGUGUUUUCUUACAUAGAAGGCUUCACGUCUGCAUGCUGCUGGCAACUCCACGUCAUCCAGAGGCACAUGGUCUAUGAAAACAGUGUCUUCAUUUUAUAAUGGCUCCAGACUUGGGGUACACCCCCCCAGAUGGAGGCUGGGGGUGGAUGGUCGUUUUGGGAGCUUUUAUAUCAAUGGGAUUCUCCUAUGCCUUUUCUAAAGCUGUGACUGUUUUCUACAAAGAAAUCCAGGAAUAUUUUGGAGCCUCUUAUAGUGAAAUAGCCUGGAUAUCCUCAUUGCUGCUGGCUGUCAUGUACGCUGGAGGUCCCAUCAGUAGCAUUUUGGUAAACCGCUAUGGCAGCCGGCCGGUGGUAAUUGUUGGUGGCCUCCUGAGCGGAACGGGAAUGAUUUUGGCUACCUUGUGCACAAGCAUUUUACAGCUGUACAUCUGUGUCGGUGUCAUUGCAGGGUUUGGUUUUUCGAUGAAUCUUCAGCCGUCAGUCAUCGUGGUGGGAAAGUACUUUCAGAAAAGACGCCCCAUAGCUAACGGCCUUGCGAUGGCUGGAAGUCCUGUUGUACUCUCGACACUCGCACCUCUGAACCAGUUUUUGUUUGACAAGUUUGGGUGGAGGGGCAGCUUCUUAAUCCUGGGAGCCCUGUUGCUUAACUGCUGUGUUGCCGGUGCUCUGUUUCGACCUAUUGGACCAAUGUCCUCAAAAACAAAAAAAGAGAAUAACAAGCCAAUCCAAGAGAAAGACCCAGAAAAAGUUAACAUAAGUCUACUGGAACAAGUUAAAGUGGCGACACCUGAAAAGAAAGAGAAGGAAAGUUGUCUGACCAGGUUUAAUAAAGUCCUGGACUUAACUCUUUUUAAGCACAGGGGCUUCUUGAUCUACCUCAUUGGAAAUGUGUUAAUGUUCAUUGCCUUUUACGCACCUAUAGUGUUUCUGGCUCCUUAUGGAAAACAUCUUGGUGUUGAUGAAUAUUCAGCUGCUUUUCUGUUGUCUAUACUUGCCAUAAUUGACAUGGUUGCCCGACCAGCAACUGGGAUCAUUGCAAACACAAAGUGGAUUAGGCCAAGGAUCCAGUACUUCUUCAGUUUUUCUGUGACAUUUAAUGGCCUCUGCCAUCUCUUGUGCCCUCUAGUUACAGGCUAUACCGGCCUUGUGGUGUACUCUGUGUUUUUUGGCCUGGGUUUUGGCAUGGUUUGUGCUCUGCUCUUUGAAACUCUUAUGGAUCUUGUUGGACCUAAACGAUUUUCGAGUGCUGUUGGUCUGGUCACCAUUGUGGAGUGUGUCCCUCUUCUCCUUGGACCCCCGAUUGGAGGUGCAAUUGUAGACACCUUUGGAGAUUACAAAUAUAUGUUUAUCGAAUGCGGGGCCAUCAUGGUGUUUGCUGGUAUCUUUCUUUUCGUUGGGAACUUUUACAACUACCGGAUGCUGAGGAAAGAGGCGCAGGCGGAAAAACAAGACCAAAAGAAAGAGAUAGAAAUGACGGAAGGUGCCAAACUCAAAAAAGAGGACAGUGAUCAAGUGGCAAAAAAUAGCGAAAUUCCUUCUGUAAAAUGCGAGACAGAGAAGCCUGAAGAAGUGAAUGGAUCAGGUCAUGCGAGUUAGAAGGACUUGGGGAUAGUUGAACAGACAUCCUCAUUUGUAGGUGUGAUUUGCCUAGAGGACAGUUUUACACUCUGUCAAUCCGUAUGUACGUAUAGUACAAGAUCCACCCAGGGCCAGAUUAAGCCUUGGGAUUGGGGGGCUCGGGUCACUUGAGACAGGGGGACCCGG